AUGAAGGUCACCGCGACAUCUCUUCUGGCCGUGGCGCUGGCCACGGCAACCACCGUCUCGGCGCACAUGGAGAUGAUCGACCCUCCGCCGUUCAGGUCGAAGAAGAACAAGUUCGCGACGAACAUCGACAACGACAUGACGGCGCCCCUCAACGGCAAGGCCGUCGGGAGCGUAGGGGCCUACCCCUGCAAGGGCUUCCACACGGACAUGGGCACCCCGGCCGGCGCGUCGGUCAAGACGUACGCGCCGGGGGAGAAGUCCAAGUUCACCAUCGCGGGGGGCGCCAACCACCAGGGCGGCUCGUGCCAGAUCUCGCUGUCGUACGACGGCGCAAAGACCUUCACGGCCAUCAACUCCAUCAUCGGCGGCUGCCCGGGCCAGGGGGAGACGAGCUACGACUUUGCCAUCCCGCAGGACGCCCCCGCCGGCGACGCCAUCCUCGCGUGGACGUGGUUCAACCAGGUCGGCAACCGCGAGAUGUACAUGAACUGCGCGCACGUCACGAUCGGCGGCGGCGGCGGCAAAAGGGCGAAGAAGCAGCGGCGAGAGGAGGCGGUCGGCGACGGCGACGGCGACGUGGAGAAGCGGGCCGUGGCGUAUUCGGCGCGGCCGGCCAUGUUCGUCGCCAACGUCAACAACGGCUGCACGACGGAGGCGGGCAAGGACGUCAAGUUCCCCGAGGCGGGGGACGACGUCGUCAGCAAUUCUGCGGACGCCAGGCCUCCCAAACCGCCGGGCUGCGGGAUGAACGGUGCUGCUGGUGUUGGCGGUAGCUCCGGCUCCGGCUCGGGAUCUGGUGCUGGACAAAUUUCGGGCUCCGGUUCAGGCUCGGGCUCAGGGUCUGGCUCGGGCAAUGGCUCGGGCAAUGGCUCGGGCAAUGGCUCAGGCGCAGGAUCUGGUGCUGGACAAGGUUCGGGCUCCGGUUCAGGCUCCGGCUCGGGAUCUGGUGCUGGACAAGGUUCGGGCUCCGGUUCAGGCUCGGGCAAUGGCUCAGGCAAUGGCUCAGGCACCGGGUCUGGCGCCGGACAAGGAUCAGGUUCCGGGUCAGGCUCAGGUUCUGGCUCGGGGUCCGGCUCGGGGUCUGGCGGUGCUCAGUCCAGCGCCGCACCCGCCACAAGUGCCCAGGCCGGUGGCGGCUCUGGCUCUGGUUCCACAGGGUACGUACAAACCCCCGUACCAUCGACGCAGAUACCGUCCUCGACGGAUCCGCCGUUGUCUCGGCCUCCCCUGAAGAUCACCACGAUUAACUUGAGCAGGACUAGCGUUCCCGGUGGCGUAUUCGUUACGGCUUCCGCCACACCAGGCGCCGGGUCUGGGUCUGGAUCGGGUUCGGGCUCGGGCUCAGGCUCAGGCUCCGGUUCAGGAAGCUCGGCGAGCCAACCCGCGGCUCAGCCCACGACCAUGGCCACUUCCACCAAGGCGGCUGGCACUGGUGGUUCCGGAGGCGGCAGAGGCGGCGGCGGCAGCACGGCUACCCAGUCCAGCCCCCCGGCCGGCGGCACUGGCGGGUCGGGCUCCGGGUCCGACUCGGGCUCGGGCUCGCCGGACACGGCGUUCCCGGCCAGCGCGCCCUGCACCAACGAAGGCGCUUGGCACUGCGUGCUGGGCAAGUCCUUCCAGCGGUGCGCCUCUGGGAGGUGGAGCCCGAUCGGGCCCAUGCCGGCGGGCACCGCGUGCAAGCCCGGCAUCAGCGACAACCUGGAGAUGAACCGCGCGAACGAGCGGCGGCGCGGUGGGGCCCGGCGCUCUGGCAGCGCCUGGGCUGUCUAG